AUGGCGGAUGAUGGUCAGACGGCUCACUUUACGAGCUUCCUGGAGGUCUUUGACCACUGGGCACAGGUGCGCCCCACCUGCUGCGCUGUGCGUGACUUGCGCGGAAGAGCACUCACUUGGGCGGAGCUGCAGGAGACCUCGGUGCUGGUGGCAAGCCAUGUACAGCAGCUUAUGGAGGCUGAGGCAAUCGAGGUCGGGGCCAUUCUGUCGCGACGCUGCCCAUGGUGGUUGGCGGCCACAGUGGCCCUCAUGCGCUGUGGCAUACCCUUCGUGUGGAUGGGUUGCGAACUCUCCAAAGGUCGAGAGAAGGAGAAGCAGCGCAACGAGGAGAUCCUGCGGGUCCUACGUCCGCAGCUGCUCUUGCUGGGCGCCGAGCUGCCGCCCGACGCUGCCGAGCUGCUCCCCGAGCGCUUCGCCGGGCGCACGCUGCGCCUCGCCGAGCUGCGGCCGCUCGGCGCGUCCGCGCGUUCUCCGCGCGGGGCGCCGAAGAGGGGGUUGCUGUGCUUCCAGCUCACGGGGGGCACCACAGGAUCUUCGAAGUGCGUGGAGAUCACCGAGGCCAUGGCGUUGCACGAGAUCGCGGCCUAUCCGAAGACCUUCCCCCAGCUGAGCUGUGAGGACUGUGUGCUGCAACACACUCCGGUGCUUUGGGCCGCCAGCGCCAUCGGGCAGAUCAACAUCGCAGUCAGCUGCGGCGCCACGUUGUGCAUCAGUGAGGCCUUUGACCAGGAGUCCAUCGUCCGCUCCGGCGCCUCGGUGCUGGGCUCGGUGCCCAGCGCGCUGGAGGCGCUCGACGCGGGCGCCUCGGCGCUGCAGGGCGUGCGCUGGGUCUUCACCUGGGGCGAGGCCAUGGCGCCCACGGUGGCCCAACGGUGGCGCUCGGAGAGGAGGAGAGCGGUGGAAUUGCUGAUCAGUACCGAGUACUGGUUGAGCCUCUACAGCGAGGGCCGCUCUGCGCGGAGCGGGCGCAGCGUCUUCACGGCGGUGGAGGGCGCCGAGGUGGCGGUGCUGCGAGAUGGAGAGCUUUGCAAGGACGGUACUGGAGAGCUGUGCUUGCGUGGGCCCAUGGUGACCACCGGGUACCGUGGGGCCUCUUCGUCCGUUCAUCCCCCAACGGAUGGUGGCGCGCCCUUCUUCAAGACCUCCGACCUGGUGACCCUCAGCUCUGGGGCGCGGUCGCUGGAGUUUCGAGGGCGCAGCGACAUGCUCAUCAAGGUGGGCGGACAGUUCGUGGACCUGCUCGAGGCCGAGGAACGUCUCAAGGAAGCCCUGCUGCCGCCAGAGAGUACCGGUGCCGGUGGUUCUGCAGCACGCGAGGUGUGUGCCCUACCGGGUGUUGCACAGCCGGGCCAGCAGGGUGCAGCUGCGCACAUCUUCGUGUCGAUUGGAGAGGGUGCCGCACGUCCAGCUGCUGCCAGGCUCCUGGCGCGCGCACGUGCGGUGCUGCCGCCCUCCGCUGCGUUGCAUCUCCUCAGCAAACCGCUGCCCAAGGAUCCAGUGUCUGGCAAAGUGGAUCGCCACAGCCUGCUGCAAGGCGUGAGCGUGACUCCGCCCGCGCGCGCCGUAUGGCCGGCCCUGUGGACCAGGUUCAAGCCACAAGGGCCAUGGCUCUUGGUCUUUGCCUUGGCGGGCGCAGUGAACCUGUCCUCCUGGCUUCGAUCGGGCCGGGCUUCAAGGCCGAGCUGGAAGAAUUUGCUCCAGUUUCUACUGCAUGUGGCCGCGGUCCCGUACAUGUGGCUAUUCUCCUUUCACAUCCCGAUUCAUAUUUGCAGGUCUUUCAUCAACUACGUGCCCUUUGGCCGCUUGGGGGUGCUUUGCAUUUCCUAUCACCUGGCCCGAUCCAGAGGCCUCGGCGCUUGGUUGGCGCGGCUGAGCUUGGGAGCCACGACAGCGCUGGGCGCUGCGAGCUUGAGGCGUGAGCACAUGCUCUCGUGGUGGUUGGUCUUCUGGUUGGCGAUCCCAGAGCAGGCGCAGGUUGAAUGUGGUUGGUGGCUCACCUCCAGCGGGUGGAAAUGGUACUUGGAAGAGAUCCAGUCGACCCUCAUGGAUUUUCGCGGGAGGAGUGAGUCCUGGGCCGACCGCAUCCUUGAGGCAUUGCUCUCUGCACCGCGCGUGGUGCGGGAGCAGCUUCAACGCCUUCAACAGCAGCGGCUGCCCUACAAGCCUCCGGAGGAGCUGCGGGAGCUGGAAGAGGCGGACCUGGUGAUGGAUGAGGCAGAUGAGGCAGCUGCACUGGUGGAGCCGGAGUUCGAGCCUGUCGAGCAGGUCUGUGAUGCGGACGGGCCCACAGGUGUGCCAGAGCUUCAGCCAGCUGCAUCUCUGGUGCCUGAAGCUGCAGAAGACGCGGUGCCCGUGCCAGAGGCGGAGGCAGCAGUGCCUGCAGCGCAACCCGAGGUGGAGACCUUCACACCUCAGUGGUCCUGUGUGGAGUGCCAGUGCCCACUCCCCUGGGGCUCGGAUUGGCGACAAGAGGCCAAGAACUUCUACUGCAAGUCCUGUCACCGAAGCUUCGAUGACCGGUGGUGGGAGUUCCACACGCGCGACGUCAUUGAGCCUGAAGUCCCUGACGCCGACGAUGACGACGAUGACGACGGGAACGAUCACGCGGAGGGCGCCGAUGGGGCGGGUGACCCCGCGGUGGCGAAGACCGCGGCAGGACGCAUCCUGCUGCAGCUUCUGUCCAAGCAGCUGAGCUCCACGUCGCUGAGCCUCCAAACGCGGCUGCUGGGCAUCGACUCCCUCGCCGUGUUGACGCUCUGCCGGCAGCUGCGCUUGGCCGUGCCCAGCUUGUGCUUGAGACCCCAAGAGGUCUUCGAAUGCAGUUCAGUGGAGGAUCUGCUCAACCUCGUGGAUCUCCCAACGGCCGUGGACGCCGCCGGCUCGCCGGCGGAGUCGACGCCCACCGCCACACCGACCGCGGGCGACCUCGGGGUGCCGCGCACCGUGUGGUUUGCGCCCGGGCAGGUGAAUAGCACUUGCAAGUGGCUCUAUGGAUGUCGAGGUCUGCUGGACGAGCGCAGCUUCCGCCGGGCGGCCGCGAAGCUGCUGGCGCGGCACGAAGGCUUGCGGGCCGAGAUGGCGAGCCCGGCCGGCAUGGAGCUGCUGCGGUUUCUGCGCGACGUGGGGCCGCUGCACAGCGUGCUGUGGCCGAAGCUGGAGGUGUGGAGCGAGGAGAAGCUCCCGGGCCGAGCCACUGGCCUGGUGAGGAAGUGCAAGGAGCUGGUGUCGUCGAGCUUGAAGAAUGUGUGGCCCAAGUCGGUGCCCAUGAGACUCACCAAGGAGUUUCUGGAGGAACGAAUUCGGGUGGUACAGUGCAGAUCCUGGCGAGAGGUGGAGCAAGCCUCUCAGCAGCUGAGGGACGCCUUUCAGCCACCCAUCGCCAUCGGCCUCUUCCUGCUGCUCGGCAGCGGGUCGCGCGGCGACCCCCACGCGCCGCGGCCCGAGGAGUGGGGUGCUCCCAGCAGCUUCUUGCAGUUUGUAGUCUCCCAUGCGUACUCAGAUGGUUUCUGCAGCGUGCCGAUGGUGCAAGACUUGUCUGCGCUUUAUGCACAAGAAGAGGACCGACGACGAGGCCGCCGCUCUCAAAUGUCGAACUGCUUGCUGCCCUACAAGCCUGGAGCAUCCUUCGAGGUCCUGGAAGGUCGUUUCUACGCCGCCCUCGAAGGGAAGCCUGCCUGGAGUCAUCCGGAGCAGCUCUCCUUGCGGUCCAGCAUGUUUGAUACGGAGCCUCCAAAGAAGUGGCAGCCCUGGGUUUACAACCACGAGGUCUUGCUGGAAGGCGAGGCCGUGGCCCUGCUGCGGCGCUGCGCCCAGCGGUACGCGGUGCCCUUUGACGUGGUGCUGCUGUCGAUGGUGUUGGCGGCCAGCUUCCGAGCCAGCUGGCAAAUGGACCGGACCAGGCACUUCUACCGGGGCGGCACCGAGCAGGAGUUCGAGCAACUCACCACGAAGAUGUCCAUGCCUUUGACGCUCUACGCGCCCAUGCGCGAUGGGGACCUCAAUGACGCCAUGGUGGGGCUCUUCAGCGACUGGCGCGACCUGAAUGUGCCCUGCAGCUCACAUGUGAGCUUGCUGGGCUUCUGCUUGGAUCUCGCCGAGCUGAUCCGGCACCGGAGGUGGACGGUCUUCAAUCCGAUCAACAACGCCCACAACAUCUUGGUGAAUAUCCUGCCGCUCGACGAGCAGGCGCGUGGCGAGCAGCAGUUUAUUCAGACACGGAAGCAUGAGUACGGCGGCCGGAGGGGCUCGGCACCCGAUCGCCGCAGGGCCUACAAGGCACCCCACCGGCCCAUGCGCAUCACGCUCGAGCAGGAGGCUCCAGAUGCUUGGUGGAUCUCCUUGGACCUCAAUGCGGAUUGCUAUCCCACGGAGUGGUGCCGUGGCUUCGUCUCCUCGCUCGCCGACACCAUCCAGGAUCUCAAGUCCCGUCCGAUGCUGGCCGUCUUGCACGCCGAUUGGUCACAUAGUCUCAAGUCAGGCCCCGGCUCGGAGCCACCGUGA